AUGGCUCUCAGUGGCGUUGACGUUCCGAAAAUGCCAUGGAUCGGGGACAAUCUUCGCGAAAAUUGGAGGCGAUUCAAACAACAUGCCGAGCUCAUGUUUACAGGUCCUCUCAAAAGCCGUUCAGAAGCAGAGAAGUGCAGUUAUUUACUAAUAUGGAGUGGUCAGAAAGGCCGAGACAUAUUCAACACAUGGCAAGGUCUAACACAAGAUGACAAGGUAAAACUGAAAACUUAUUAUACUAAGUUCGAAGAACAUGUCAGUCCAAAGUCCAACCCUGUAUUCGCUAGAUACAAAUUUCACCAGAAAAUUCAAGGACCCGAUGAAUCUGUUGAACAAUUUACUACCGAGCAUCAGAUCCUCGCUCAAGAUUGUGAAUUUACRAAUAAAGAUGAGAUGAUUCGCGACAGACUCGUAUUCGGCACGAAUUCAAGGAAAAUCAGAGAGAAACUCUUCGAUGAAGGAGCAAAACUCACCUUAGAAAAAGCAAUCACCAUCGCUAGAUCACACGAAACAUCCCAAGCGCAGCUAGACGUCAUGAACUCUCCCAUAAACGAGGGAGCAGUACACUUUAUUUCUCAAUCCAAGAGAAAUCAGCAACAAAAACAUGCCGGACCGACACAGGGAACCCAACGACAAGCUUCAAAACCUUCACAGGGUGCCCAACGUCAAAAACAAAGUCAAGCGAGUUGCGAGAACUGUGGUCGCCAACACAACAAAUCUGUUACAUGUCCAGCCAAGGGACAAACCUGCAACUACUGCAAGAAAAAAGGACACUACAUUCAAGUAUGCAGGAAAAGAAUGCGAUCACGACAAAACAUUCACGACAUCCAGAACAAUUCCCAAUCACUGGGAGAAGACUUCGAAACAUUCUCGUUUGAAUCCAUCUGCAUUGGAAACAUAGGUCAAGAAAACAAUGCAGUCCGUAAAGAAGAAGUGYUUGCCACYGUCAAUAUUGACAUAUCCGGAAGAGAGAAAGACAGGACAACUCUGAAAGCAAAAAUCGAYACAGGUGCACAGGGAAACGUGUUACCUCUUCGAAUCUACCAACAUAUGUACCCACAGAAUAUUGAUGCAAACGGUAAACCAAAACAAGGAACACUGAACUAA